UUGAUAGCCAUUAUCUAUCGUCACUCUCCUCUCUGCUCAUUCCUUCACUCACACACACCCCACUCCUCCGCUUUCUCCUCCUUUUUCCCUCUCACACCAAAAUCACCACCCCGCCCAUCGCCGCCGCUCUCGCUUUGUCGCCGUUUUUCUCUUUUUCUCUAUCGACAAUCUGCCGAUCUCACCUGACCACCAUCUUCCAACUCCCGCCCUGCGAGCUUCUCCUUUUCGGAGACGCAGGUUAUUAAACAGGCUUUAGGUCGGGCUUAAAGAACGGGCCAGGCUCAAGUUGCUUUGGUGCAAUAAUCGGCCUGGCCUGUUAAAGCCAAAGCCUUCGUCUUGCUUCUUCAAUUUCCACUUCUUGUUAAACGAGAUUCUCAUGGCUUCUUUGGUUUCUCCUCAGGAGCAAUAUGUAACUGAGUUUAACGAGAACUAUGAGACAACAUGUUGGGGCUGUGGACUGCAUGUUAUGAUUCCAUCUUGUGCAACUGUUUUCAAAUGUGGCUGGUGUGGGGCCAUUACAGAUGAAUCCAAGAAGAAAAGUGAUCACAAGUCCUUUAGGUGGAGACAACUGCGAGAUCAGUGCUUCAUAUCUGUUGUCAUCAUAUUUAUGCUCUUUGUAUUAUGUGGCGGAGUGUGGGCAGUCUAUCCUGUUGUCUUUUCUAUCAGUUUUCUAUGGGGAACUUUACACCUAAUCAUCACAGCAAUUUUGGCCAUUGUAACCUUUUCCUCUUUCAGCCUUGCAGCUUUUAGGUGUGCUGGAACACCACCAAAUGUAUUGUGGGGAAGCUACCCGACUGUAGGGAAAGGCGGCCUUGAAAAUUAUAGUUUUUGUCACUACUGCUCAAAACCAAAGUCACCUAGAGCUCAUCACUGUCGAUCAUGUAGAAAAUGUAUACUGGACAUGGAUCAUCACUGCCCAUUCAUUGGAAACUGUGUUGGUGCAGCUAAUCACCGCAGCUUUGUCGCCUUCCUCAUGUCGGCUGUGUUAAGCACAACCUAUGUCGCUGUCAUGUCCACUCAUGCAGGCUUGCAUGUAUGGCCACCAUUGAGUUUCUCCCUUGAAAAUUCAAAGGGGAUUUCCGGCACAUAUCUUGGAUUGCAAAUUUUGAGUAAAAUCAGUGCUGCCUUUCUGAGAUCUGCCCUUCUUCUAUCCCCAAGAGGACUAGUUCUUGUUUAUCUGUUUAUUUCAAGUGUUUCAUUGCUGAUAGGAUUGAGUGUUCUUCUAUGGCAGCAGCUUUCAUAUAUAUACCAGGGAAAAACUUAUUUGAGUCAUUUGAGUUCUGAAGGAGAUAAUGAAGAAAAGAAAGAUUGUCAAAACCUUGUUAGAUUUUUUGGUUUCCAAUAUAGAUUUUUGCCAAUCUUUGGUGUUACUAGGAAGAAACAUGUAAAGUUAAACAAUCAUGUUCUGUAAGUCAAAUGAGCUGUUGGAAUUUUCUUUAACACAAUCUGUAUUAAUGUAUACUAUUACUUUCACAUCAUUAUAUAUAGGUUCACAUGAAUUAUUCCA